UGAUGUAUGUUGACAGGGACCGUCAACGACAGUUCGUUGUUGUUUUAAAGCAGAAUAUUUCAUUGUUAAGCAAUGACAGUUGCCGUUAUGUUGGCCUUGGGAUAUACUGUUAGUUAUGUUCGCAUGUGUUGAUAUGCUGGAUUACUACAUGGCCUACUGGCGAUAAUUUUUCAUUUUCUGGUACUAUAAGCAUCUUCUCCGGGGCCCCGUUCAGGGCGCCCUCUCUCUGACGGGAGGAAAUGACGUCGCCAUGGUGACCUUACGCGCGUUUCUUCGCCACCAUAGGGGCAACGCGUUUGUUCCCGGUUUCCUCGCGUUCUUCAUUGUCGCCUACGUCAUCAUUGUAAAGAUGGACACCAGCGGUAAUGCCUCCGUCAACAGCACGGGCUCUCUGGACCCACGUGACGCUGCUAAGGUGAUUCGCACGCACAUCAAUUCCAUCCCGGCUAAGGUGAUGCAGGAGUUCGCACAGGACAGGCCUGAAACGGCGGGACAAUUCACAUACGACUUCUAUGACGACGCGGGCAACGUCACGGAAUAUGAUGACAAUGGAAGUUCCCCGAAUUCCUGGGUUAAAAGCAAAAAAAUGCAGAGCAAGGUCCUGCCGUUGACCGAACCUGCUGUCAAUAGUAAUCUAGGGGAAAAGUCGUCUUACUCAAAACUAUUAAGAAAACAAGAAGUCAAACUUGUGCCAAGUGCCUUUAGUAAUAAUUUAAAUUUAAAGAGAGGAGUUGAUCACAAAUUUGUACAUGUUUUCAAUGCCAUGGAAGAGACCCUCGAAAAGAGAAAUACAAUUAAAGAAAAGCCAUGCUUGCUGCUGAAGACCCACCACCUGAGCUCUCCCAUCUGUACCCACGACCCCGCGGAUGACGAGAUCAUCUCUGGGAAGCUGUCCACGGAGGGGACAUGGGAGGGAAAUUACCUGUACAUCGUGGGCAGUAUUCUCUCCCGGGAACCAGAACUCCACGUGCUGGACCUGGGGUGCAAUAUCGGCGUGUAUACUAUCUUCUCAGCUAAAUUGAAACACAGGGUGGUUGCAUUAGAUCCCAACAAGAUGAACUUGCGACUUCUGACCAAGUCGCUGAAUAUGGGAGGCUUAACGCGUUACGUGACGCUACUGUGGAAUGCUAUUUCUAACGUUCGUGAGAACGUCACGUUGUAUGACAUUAUCGGGAAUAUCGGUGGCUCGUUCGUGGACCCGGCCGAUGACAUUACGGAAGUGGACGACGACCACCGGGCCGUCGCCAUCACACUCGAUGAUCUCAUACCUUACUUUGCGGGAAAACCUGUGUUCAUUAAGAUGGACGUGGAAACAUACGAACUGAAAGCUCUCCAGGGUGGGGAGCAGUUUUUCAGGAGCGUGAACGUGCGCUUUGUGCUGCUAGAGUGGAUUCACCAUCGGGAAUUUGACACUGGUAAGGAUGUGAUACGGUUUAUGACGCAGCACGGGCUGUUCCCACACGUGAACGCGCACCGCAACACGCGCCUUGAGCCCCAGCAUUACACGUCCUGGCCGGACAACGUCCUCUGGAUCAAGUAUUAGUACAAUACCAUCAUCAUUUUUAUAUUUUCCGAUUUAUACAAUGUUGAAUACAUGUAAUGUUUCUCAAUAAAACUAUGUUUUAGUGA